GGUCAUACACGUGGUAUGCAUGGAUAGAGCUAAAGUUGUACAAAUGGUGUAGGCCUACAUGUACGUGUCCUUUCUCUAUGGUUGGAUCAAGAGCAAGCAAAUGGAUCAAUGCACACCGUAGUUUCAAGGUCAUGCUAAUUAAGGCGCAUCUCGUCUGACCUUUAUACGUGAAAUAUGGCCACAAAGUUGGAUGUCAGUGGCUACGGCUCUCACCUUCAGGCCAAGUUUGUUACGAAACAAGAAUGUUACGCUGUUGGUGACUCACCAUUCUCAGUACCUGCCUCCGUGGAAGUAACAGAGUUGAGUGCCCUCAUCAAUAAACUACUCAGUCGAGAAGAAUCUGAGGAUGCCGUGGCUGUUGACUUUGACUUCCUCAUCAAUGGGGAGUUCCUGCGUGUGGCCUUGGGCAAGCACUUGGAGGAGAAAUCCAUCUCCACUGAGAGCGUGGUUGAGAUUGAGUACUUGGAGAAGCACCCAGCCCCUCAGCCAGCUGGUAGCAUUCUACACGAUGAUUGGGUCAGCUCCGUACAAGCAGCCAAUCACAGGUUAGUGACCGGGUCCUAUGACAACGCUGUCAGGAUAUGGACACAAGAAGGAGAGAACCUUGCUGUUAUGCAAUAUCACUCAGACCCAGUCAAAACAGUGGCUUGGAUACAAACAGAUGAUUCAGAGAGCCUUCUAGUGAGUGGAUCCAUGGACCAGACGUUAUUAAUCUGGAAAUGGAAUGAGAAAACCCAGAAACAUGAAUGUCUGCAUUCAUGCCGAGGUCAUGCUGGCAGUGUAGAGAGUGUUGCUGUAGACCAGUCACACACAAAGAUGGCCAGUGGGUCCAUGGACUCGAUGUUAAAGGUCUGGUCAGCAGUUCCAGGUGACGAAGAUGAAGAAAUUGAUGCUCAUCACAAGAAAGCCAAGACAGAAACACACAAACCUCGGACAAGGACUCCGCUGAGAACGUUUGAUGGACACACCCAGGGCAUCUCAUCAGUGGUGUGGGUGGAUGAAGGGAGUGUUUGCACUGCAUCGUGGGAUCACACCAUGUGCUUAUGGGAUAUCGAGCAAGGAGAGCAGGUGUCUACUUUGACUGGGAAUAAAGUGUUCCUGAGUGUGUCAUACUCACAGCAUUGCAAACUGUUAGCUACUGGAAGCACAGAUAGACACAUACGACUGUGGGACCCCAGGCAGAAAGAUGGUGUAUUAGUGAAGUCUUCCUUGACUCAUCACCAUGGCUGGGUUUCAUCUGUGGAUUGGUCACCAGACAAUGAGAAUCUCCUCAUAUCCGGCUCUUACGACAAGACUUUAAAAUUAUGGGACACUAGAAGUCCACGGGCGCCUCUGUACAACAUGUCUGGAUGUGAAGAUAAAAUACUGGCAGUGGAUUGGUCAAAAUCAGAGUUGCUGCUGUGCGGAGGUGCUGAUAAUGCCCUGCAUAUAUUCAAGUCAAGAGAGGCAUUACAGGCUGUAGAAGGUUGAAUGCACCACGAGCAAGGCUCCACCCAGGCUGUCCAACAUUCUUCCCAGCCUGUGGAACAAUACAUUUCACCUGCAGUCGAUUUGAUAAAACGCAAUAUGAGCUUGUGCCAUUUACAAGCUUGUGACCCAGCAAAUACAUUGCAUCAGCUGUAACAUUCAACAUUCUAGAGGGGGCUGAUCAAAACAUUUAUCUCAGCAUUAAAUAGGCCACAUGCACUGGUCACUUGUUGAGUAGACACAGAGCUAUAGAAACAUUACUGGAGCGCAGACAUUUUGAAUCCAUGUGCGUGCUUGUGGAAUAUUGGAAAUCAGACAGAAUGAAUAUUGAAUUAUGGACUCCAAAUGCCACGCGCAUGGUGUACUGCUAAAAUCCGAUUUAAAAAGUCAUGGCAAAAUUAUCUGAGGUGUAUACAUGCAUGCGUUUCCAUUAUUUAUGCAGAGCAAAAUGAAACGCUCAUUUACUGAUUGUGUGUUAGUUUUUGCUUAUCAUCUUUGGUGACAUGUCGUUUUAGAAUACAGACGCACGUAUGUAAAAAGCCGUACACAAGCCAUACAAAAUUUCAAGUUUCCAUAGGUUUGUACACAACCAUGGAUGCGCCCAGCAGGCAUCACUUUGUACACGAA